GGGGGAUCGGCUCUCGCUAGCUGCUUUGGCCUCCUUUCUUCUAAUUCCUUCCUUGCUCCCGGGCGGUGGCGCGCGCUCGCCCGCCCGCCAUCCCCGGCUAUACCGCCCAUCUCAUUAAUAGGCGUCUCACCUGGCCAGCUCCGCCGGCCCCCGCUACGCUCCCUUGACCCGGGAGGCUUUGACUGUGGCCAGCGGAGCGGGUAGGGCCGCUGGCAAGGCGGGGGCCCCGAGAUGUUCGCCCGGGACAUCCGCUGACACAAGCGAGGGGUCUCUAAAGCCCUGGAAAUGCCGUCAAUGAAGCCGAAGGCGGAAGGGGCGCCGCUUGCCCGACCCCGCGCGCUGAGACGCGGGGCUUUAAGCAAACCACCACAAACCGCCAAACCGCACGUGGCUCCUGGUGGGAGCCGGCCUGAAGACCUGCCAAAAGCCGCCCCCCGUUAGCAGCGCCCUGGCUGGAGCUGCGAUGGUAGCCGGUGCAAGGGAAAGAGGCGGCGCGCCGGCGUGCAAAGCAAGGCGCUGCGGGGCAUGAACGCAAGGGCAGCGGAGGGUUACGGAGUGGGUGACAGCUGCAACGCGAGAGCCGGGGAGAAAGGCAGAAAGAAAACUGCUAGCUUGGCAGAAGACGGGCUUUUUUCUCCUCCUGCAGCGGCUCGCGUGUCUUGCUGUGCUUGAGUAGGGAGGGGGCAUUUAAGGACUGUCAAACCGCCCAGGAGCUGGAGGGAAAGGAGGGAUCUAGAAACCGUCAAAUCGAUCCGAGAGUUAGCCUGCUCGGGGCACUUAGAAACUGUCAAAUGUCCUAGAAAUGAGAAUGAAAGGGAUGUGGAGAGAGAGACUCUCGGGGGACGAAGAGGAAGCUCUUAACAUGCCUAAAGUGGACAAGCAGGGAAGUGCCAGGUGGAUCGGAACGAGGGGUGAGGGCGGGGAGGGGGGGGGAGAGAAGUCUGCAGCGACGUCGCUUCUCUCUCUCGAGCUCCAGCGACGCUUAAAUGGCAAUCUCUCCACUCCGCGCCGCCGUGACCAGCCUUCACGUCGAAUCCCCCAGGCACACGCGCCACCCCUCCCCAUUUAUUGAUCCGAGCGCCCCUUCCCUUCCGAGGGGCAUUAUUAAAACCUCGAUCCACCGCACGGGAAGGUAAGGAGAAGGAGACGGGGGCAGUGGCUUUGGAAAGGGGACUUUGUUUCUUUAAGGGGCUGUCAGAUUCCGCCUCCCCCCGCCCCCCGCCCCCCUCAGCGCCCCCUCCCCUCCUGGCUUCAAAGAGAGCUGCCUGCGUUGAAAAGGUUUGACACGGAGACGAGCGAGGCUGGACUGUUUCGCGGUGACCCAAGAGGAGCGCGCAGAACUCCGCUCUCCUGCUCUCUCGCGGUUCCCCCUUUGGUGACAGCCCUUUUGCCCGGAGAUCUUUUGUUGCCUUCGCAGCCAAUCAAGGCUUUUUACGACACAGUUCAGUUGGGAUAUAAAAGGAGAGUCCUUCUUUCUCUCUCCCCCCCCGUCUUCUCCUUCCCCCAACCAGCAAGUCACCCAUCAUCGCCAACCCCAAAGAACUUCUCGCUCGCCCCAGCAGCAGCGCCCACCACCGCCAAGCCCCCAGCAGCUGCAGCCCCUCAUCCCCAGGCCAAAGCAGAGGGCUUUUUUGUUUGCAAGAGAAAGGACCCGGGUUCGGUGAGGGCGGGGGGGCGGGGGAAGAGCAGCUCGCCAAGCAUGCUGGUGCCCAAGGCUCCUGUUUUCCUGGGCUUCCUGGUUCUGGCUUUGGAGAUCUGUGCAGGGGAGCCCGUGGAGCGAGGGGCGGAUAAAGCGCCCACGGCGGGAGUCCCGCCGGUGACAGAGGCAGAGGACCAGGGCUGCCCGGUGUGCAUGUGGCGGAAGCACAGCAAAGAAAUGAGGCUGGAAAGCAUCAAAUCGCAGAUACUCAGCAAGCUGAGGCUGAAAGAGGCGCCCAACAUCACCCGGGAGGUGGUGAAUCAGUUGUUGCCCAAAGCGCCUCCCUUACAGCAGAUCUUGGACUUGCACGACUUCCAGGGGGACUCUUUCCAGCACGACGACUAUCUGGAGGAAGACGAGUACCAUGCCACCACGGAGACUGUCAUCAGCAUGGCCCAAGAAACGGACCCUGUGGUACAGAUUGAAGGUAACCCACACUGUUGUUUCUUCAACUUCAGCCCCAAGAUCAUGUUCACCAAGGUAGUAAAGGCACAACUGUGGGUAUACCUGCGGCCUGUUCAGCAUACCUCCACAGUCUACCUACAGAUCCUACGCCUCAAGCCAGUGACAGAGGAUGGUAGCCGCCACAUCCGCAUCCGCUCACUCAAGAUUGACCUGAAUUCUCGCAUAGGCCAUUGGCAGAGCAUUGACUUCAAGCAUGUGCUGCAGAACUGGUUCAAGCAGCCUCAGAACAACUGGGGUAUCGAGAUCAAUGCUUUUGAUCCCAAUGGCAAUGACCUGGCCGUCACCUCUCUUGGGCCUGGCGCUGAAGGCCUGCACCCCUUCAUGGAGCUGCGUGUGCUGGAGAACAACAAACGGUCCCGGCGGAACCUGGGACUAGACUGCGAUGAGCACUCAACUGAGUCCCGCUGCUGCCGUUACCCGCUGACUGUGGACUUUGAGGCCUUCGGCUGGGAUUGGAUUAUCGCUCCCAAGCGGUACAAAGCCAACUAUUGUUCAGGCCAGUGCGAGUAUAUGUUCAUGCAGAAAUAUCCUCAUACCCAUCUGGUGCAGCAGGCCAAUCCCCGGGGCUCAGCAGGGCCUUGCUGCACACCCACCAAGAUGUCCCCCAUCAACAUGCUAUACUUUAAUGACAAACAGCAGAUAAUCUAUGGCAAAAUCCCUGGCAUGGUUGUUGACAGGUGUGGAUGCUCUUAAGCCCCCUGCUUGUCCUUUCACUCCUUUCUAUUGAUUCCCCUGGAUUCCUGCUUUGAUUAUGUACCCUGACACUGAUGAAUCCAUUCCUUAGCAUUUUAAAACAUUUUAAAGAGAAAAUAAUUGUGGGAAAAGAACAAGAUGGAUAGAACUGAAAAUCUCUGAAGUGACAUCAUGCACUGUGCAAUAAUCAAAACAGACGUCACGUUACUGGAGAGUGAAUGAGUUGGCUUGGAUCAAUACUUUCCUCGCUGAGGCAGAUCUGAAAUGAGCAUUCUUCUCUUUUCCUCCAAAACGCUUUGAACCAUAAUUGCUCAAGCUUUACUUUUACUGGUGUUCUUUUUCUUCCCAACUCUCUUGCUCUCUCGAUCUGCGAGCAAAAUGAUUAUAAAGUGAAAAAGUUCAUCAGAAAGAGAGAGGCUCUUCAACCAGUUUACAAACAGUGAAAGCUUCCUAGAUUGUGAUUGUUAAGUUAAAUAAAAUGUUGUAUGGAGCUAUAGAGAUAAGAGGCAAAAAAGAGGUAAAUAUUUUCUAUUAAGAUGAAGAAAGACAGAGGAAGGAACCAGCCAGCUUGGGGAAUAUUUGGCAUUUUGUUUUUUGGGGGGAGGGGGAAUAUGGUGUGGGAAUUUGAGGGUUGCUGAACCUGCCUGCCUUUUGUGAGACAGAUCCCUAAAGAGAUAGGAGAACCCCCAGAGAAAUGGAAACUGAAAUCCACUUGCAAUGCUCUUCUGUGUUGCAUGGUUAUAAGGUGUGGUGAUGGAGUUGGAGGUACAGCCUGUAAACUUAAUCCAAUUCUACCUGCCUUGGAUGCAAGUCCAACUCUUUAGUUUCAGUAUCUCUCAUACAGACUGACAAUAUCUGCUCCAAGAGUGAAUAUUCUUCAGUAUCCCUCAUGCAGACUGAUAUUUGCUCCAAGAGUGAAUAUUCUUCAGUGUCCUUGUUUUUAGAAAAGUAUGAAUCCAACUCAGUGAAUUCAAAGUUGCCCUUAGCUUACAGUGUAUCUACUCUAAGUCCCUAUUUGAAAUAGUGGGGAAAGGACCAGGGGGAGAGUUUUGUCCAUGACAAAGGACCUCUAUUUCCUUUUUCUCCUCUGGUAUAAUUUGCAUUAUACCAAGGAGGGUUUCCUCACUUACAGAGUAGGAGUCUCUCAAAGACGCCAUAAGGGGAUCUCUUAUCAAAGAUACAGUAGAGGAGGAGAUAAAUUGAUUUUAUUUACUUAUUCAUUCGCACCACAGAGCUUUACUUUAAGCACAAUUUUUGCCUAAUGCUUCAAUUAUGAAAACACACACACACAUGCAUGUAAAUAUGAUAGAGUUGUUCUUUGCUAACUGCAGAUUUGAAUUAGACCCAUCAAUUUGAUAUGGCUACUUGCAAGAUUUUUUUAAUGGCUAGUGCAGGAAUGGAGAACCUGUGUCCCUCUGAAUGUUGGACUACUGGCCAUGUUGGCUGAUGGAAUGUGAAGUUGUUGAACAUUUGGAGGGUCACAACUUCCUAAUAUUUCUAUUGUACAAAUGUAGCUUUACUUAACAAUUUGGGCUAAUGACUUCUUGAUGUUAGGCAGUAACACAGCAGUGCUUGAUUUUUUUUAUUUUUAAAUGCACUUAUGUAGAUCCUUACACCAUUGCCAGCCUUCCAUGAAACUGCAGUAAACUUCCUUCCCCUAACCCAGAAACAUAGUGCAAUUCUGCUUCUACUACAGGAGGCAACAAAAUCUUGGAUAAUAUAGGAAAACUAAACAUUAACUCACAAAAAGUGGAGAAAUAGCCUCUAAUUAGUAUGCCACAGAAUGAAUGAAUUUAAUCCAGAGUUGGUAUUACUCUUCCCCCACCCCCUACCCCAGUAUAUAGAACCUCAGAUGGGAGAUAAUUGCUCUUUAGAUGAUGGAACAGUAACUGCACAUUGAAAAUUUAGCAAAUGUCAUAUCUGAACCUAUGAUUUCUAGGUUUAGAAAUAGGCAUAUAAGGGAUGGAUCAGAUAGGAUUCCUGCUGGAGUCUCUACAUUGAUGAUGUCUCUAGCAAGCUGUAAGUUGCAAGAUAAUGUCCAAUUUGUUGUAAAUCUAGUUAUUGCUGGCCUCCCUCUGACAGCCUUUGGGAAGAUGCUGGGUUAGAAUGGAUUCCACAUACAUGGUCCACAAUCCUUAGAUUAGAUAAAAGUAGAAGAAGCUCUUAUGGUGAAUAUAAGGGCCUAGUGAUUGUGGUGUUACCUAUGUUGGCUGUAAAUAUGGAGUCAAGGUAUUGAUUCCAGUGUGGAUUUUCUGUGCAAGUGAAAAAUGCUGCAACCUUGAAUCCAACCAGCAACGCAUUAGUUGGUGGUUCAAAUUCCAGAAAUCUUUGCUGUUAGCUACUUUAGUUCAACUAUUCCAUGUUGAAUUUCCACCUGUGGUUGGGACAAAACUUUGAAUCUAGUUUGUAUGGGAAAAACUCAUUUGUUCAAUUAAGACUGUCAGGAGCCAAGUUAUAGACGGAAGGAGCAAUUGUUCUCAAAGGCUGAAGCACUUAAAUGAGAUGGCAUGUAUGGUGAAUUUUGUUCUUGCAGAAGCAUUUCGGUAUUCCUCUACAUUCAAAUAGGGAAAAUGUCAGGUAAAGAACCAUUGAGUAAGUGAUGCUAGAUUAAUUGUGGCAUUUGUGAAGUAGACCUAUGGACAUCUGUAAGGGACAUCUAUGGAUUAUAUUCAUGCAAGGAUUUGCUGCUGCAGACUGUUCAUACUAUUACUAUAUCUGAGGUGCAGAAUUUGCAGUUGCUUAUUGAAAUAGGAAAAAAAGAGAAAAGCAACUGAGAAGUCCUUCUGAAAUAGCAAUAUCUUUUUGCACCAAAGUGGAACAGUCAGGCUCAGACUACUCAUACCAUUGUGGCGUCUUUACUUCCCUUUUGCUAUUUUCAUGACAGUAUGAAAUCAGAAUCCCUGUUUCUCCAGAGUUCAGCUGUUCCUGCUGCUUUAGGGCUUGUUUCUCCACUUCUCUGCUUGGGCUGUCUAGUGAGCUGCUGUGUGGCAUGAUGCAACCCUUCAGAAAUUCCUGUCAUGGGUCUGGACCCCGGGUGUGGGGUGAUGGACUGGAGGGGGGUCUGUAGCAGACCUGGAGCCAAGUGUUUGUUCAAAGUUUUCAGCAAGACUAUUUUGAGCCAACCAUAAGCUUGUUUGCCAGGAUUACAGCUGUUCUGUUACACUAAAGCAAUUUAAACUAUACCAUUUGACUUCUCCUGAAGUUGCUUUUUCAGAGAUGUUCUGAUUAUGGAUAUGAUAGGUGUCAUUAAAUGGGGAAGAAGAGUCGGAUAUGACCAUCAGAAACUAAUUCACCCUACAAAAGAUGGCCUUUCCAAAUCUAGCACUUAUUGUAAAAGAGUUAAGCUGUGAAUCUAAGCACUCAGAUGAAUUCCUGUAUGGAUAAACUUAGCUCCUUUUGUAGGUGAAUACAUAUUGAAUAUUUGCUGUACUGAUCUGAAGUUACUGAGUACCAGACCAGUGGGCAACCUUUAGACAAAGGCAUAGAUGAAGACUUGGAUGAAGAUGCAUAGGAUGAGAUGCUGUGGUAAAUCUUAACUCCAUAUCCCACUCUACCCUGUUGCUGGGGUGUUCAACACUGUCCUAGCUGAGCAGAACCUUAGCACUUCUCAUGGGUUUAAACCCUAAAUUCCAGAAAAGGGAAGAGUCCCUAUCUCAAAUUGCACAGAGAACAGCUCUCUUUUUGCGCUAUACUGCCCCCUCUAGCACUUAUAGACUGAAGCGCUUCAUCCUUUUUCAAAGCACUGAAACAUGCCUUUUCAGUGUCAUGAACAUAUGCGAAAUUACACUAACUUAUUUAUCAUUUGUUGCAAAUGAAUUGGCUGAGGUAUAUAUGGCAUAACAGCUCUGCAAAUGGAAGUCUAUAAGUGGAUUUAAGCUGGGAAUCCCUGAGCCCUCAAUGGUUGGAGUUGCCUUGAUUUUUUCAUGUUAUCUCCAGGUUCCACAGCUUUGUAAGUUCCCAAUAUGCUGUAUUUGUCACCUCCAUUCCCUUUUUCUGCAGCUUGUGUUUUUGGUAGACAGUUAGGCCCAUAAAGAUUAAAAGCUACAAUAGAAACAAAAUUAUGAAGAUUCUUUCAUAGUGUGCCACCGGGCUUCACAAAAGAGAGUACCAGAAACAUGAAGGACACAAACCUCCUAAUUUCAUAUUAGUAUAUUUAGCAAUAAAAAGCUGGGGAAGAGGUGAAGAUAUUCUUAGUGUGAGAUUUAUCUAACAAAAAUAUGUCCCAGCAAACUGACAUUACUUGAAUCGGUAUUUUUAUUAAUGGGGAAUCUGAGCAGUUGCUACAUAAUGAUGUAGAACAAUGCCAUUAUUUUUUCUCUAGUUCCUGUCCUCUUAUAAAGAGAAAACAAAAGAAAAUAAAUCUCUAACUGUUGUGAUUGAUCAGAACAGCUGUCUCUGAAAAGCUGUAGAGAAUCCGGUACUUGAAGAGGUGUGACCUGUCCUUUCAAUCCAAUGGAAAGUGAUAAUAGUUUUAGAUGCCACAAUUCAUUUGUUCUUUCUCUUUCUCUGAAUGAUACAAUUGCUGUGAGUCUCUAUGCCAGAUGCGAAGAAGAUACUUGUUCAGUAGUACUUUAAUCCAGCACAGUUAUCUCCAUUUCAUGCUUCUCUGGUUUCUUUUGGAAAACAUUUACCCUCAUAGGAUCUUUCCCUGAAUUGGGAAAGAGAAAAAGACCAGAUGGUUGAAAGAAAUGUGAGAUGGGAUUCCUUGAUUGAUGUCAUUGACUUUAUCAUGUGAUCUUCAGGGGAUGCCACUUCUUUGUGUAAAAGCAGGAUAUAUACACCACAUGGAUCAGUUUGUGAAUUAGGUAGCUAAUGCCCUCCAACAGAGAUUGGUGAAGAGUCACAGAAAAAGGAAAUUACUUCUCCUUAACAGUUCAAUUUUAGAAUAAAUAACCAGACACAAGUCUUUAGUUCAUUCCUUAACACAAAUAACAUUGAUAUUCUCCUUCUUCUAACAUUAGCUGAAAAACUGUUGUUCUUACUAGUCCCUCCCACCCCACAGUUAGCACUUAGGAAUGUAAAUACAACUGGGUUCUUCAACACUGCUACUGUCACCAUCCAUUAUGGCAACAAGGACAAUCUGACAAUCAGAACAGUGCUGAUGGGCCCAUUUUCUUAACAGAUUCAGCAGGAGGACUGUACAUGCACUCUGCUCAGUCUAACAGACCUGAUGUACUUGAGCUGUGAAAAUCCAAGUCAUUCACAAAGGCAACAGCAUACUCUACUACUUUUCCUCUAGAACAGUGCAAAUAUACAUCAUGAACAAGGUGUUGUAUCUUCCAGCUAGCUGAGUUAUUGAUAUUCUACACAUGUAUAACACCAGAUUUGAUAAAGAAUUAGGGGGUUUGUUUGAGAAAGUCAGCAUUAAUUCUUGUCCAAAGGAAUCAACUUUCAUGUUUGUGCUCUAAAAUUUAAAAGUAUACAGAUAGUAUCUGCUGAACCUUAGAAAGCAAAAAGGGUCUUGUAUCCAUCUUACUGUGUUCAGGAGGCAAAUAGCAUCCUGUUUGUUACAACUCAUGUCCCCUAGUUCCUUGCCUCUCCACUUCUGAAAGUACAAAAGUAGUAGAGUAUGAAUCAAAAAUUCAGUUGCAGUGGUCACUUCAUUGCUUUUAUGCUAUGCAUAUAAAUGCUAUGAAUUUAUUGUUCUCUAUUUAGAAGGACUCAUGUUAGAAGCUGAAAAGUGGGAAGUGUAUACGAGAGAGAUUUGAGGUUAGCAGUGUCAUACUCUAAGACCAUUAUACUAAGCACUAUUCUAUAAAAACAGAAUGCUGCAAAUGGUUUGUUUUAAAAUCAGUAAGCAGGCUUGAGUUUCUAGGAAUGAAACCAGAAUGCUUGAACUGAAAAAGGAAUUUGACAAAUAAUCAAGUUAUGUAGAUUAAUGUUAGCCUGUGAUAGGAAUAUCAUGAAACAGUAUGACAUGCCACAGCAGUGAGGAUUAUUUCCUCACCAAGCUAUGAAAAUGCAGAAUCUCCAUUCAGUGAGGUGAGGGCCAUCUCAUAAAUAUGUUCCACAAAAAACAACCCUUCACAACACCCAGUUCUACAUCUGCCAAGAUCAGCCAGGGCUUAUUUUGUUAUGUUUUCAGAUUGAUCUUGCUUUAAGAUGGAGAUGCUCUUAGAUGACCUGCUAUGGCAUAGAGCCACAUACUUUGCAAUACACAAUCCUUCCCUGUUGGAGACACAGAGGAGGGAAGUGUAUGACAAAGCUAUUUUAAUUAAAUAUAAUUUCCUGUUGGUGGCUUUGCUCAGCUGUAGGGAGGGGGUGGAGGGAUAUAUACAUGUCAUUGCAGAAAACUGAGACGAUCAUGAUCAAAUUGGAUCCCUGGGAGUUGGACUUCUUCCAAUGGGACAUCUCCAAAUGGGUAUUUUUGAAUGCAGUCUAGCUCUCCAAAAAAAUAAUUCAGAGCUGUGUCUUGCUUGUAUAUUCAGUAGGGGAAACAGAAUAAAUUUCUGAAUCUGUUAUAACAGCAGACAUUCAAAAUAAUGAAACAGCUGAAGUUUAGGCUUAAGUCACAGAGUAUGCAAUUAAUUAAUGGAACCUACUGUACUGGGCUAAUGUGAUUACAAGUAACUCAUUAAAUAGCAGUGCAUGGCAGAAACUGUGGUCAGUAGAGAUCCUUGACUAAUAGCAUAGGAUAUGAAGAAAAUCCUCUCCAGUUAUUGUUUUGUCAUCAAGGCCAGUUCAUUGUACUUUGGUUAAUGUGUACCUCAUUAAUAUAGAGUAUCUAGAUAUUAAAGAGAAUUUAGAGUGAAGGAGAAGUCAUUCUCUUUAAAUCUUUCAUCUUCACAUGCAAGUCCAGUAGAACAAAUGCUAUUAGGAAUUAUUUUGAGAGACUUGCAACCUGAUCCUAUGGAUGCUUACUCAGAAGUAUGGCCUGCUAUGUUCAGUUAUGCUUACAUGGGAAGGCGUGCGCUUAGGACUGCAACAAUGCAGUUGAUUCUGUAGUACAAAAAUAUCCCUGUAUAUACGCGUCCAUCUUUCCCUGUUAAACACUAACGUAGCCCAUCAGUAUGUAUGAUAUACCAUACAACUGGGCAGGUCUCUCCUGAAACAUGGGUCCUUUCUUUCUGGGAUUUGGGUGGUUUGAUUCCCCACCCCACCCCUCCUACUGCCCAAUGGUGCUAAACUGGAAAGAUAAAUCCAAUUCACUUGCUACUAGUGGCCCCUUUGAUGGGACAAUACGUGGUUUUGGGUAAUUUGACUCACAAAAGGCAGGCAGGCAUGGUUAUUUUUGGAUGUAUGUUUGUAAAUAUCAGUCCUGCAAGUAUAUUAUUAUUAACUUUUUGUUGAUAUUAUUGUGCAUGAAUGUCAUAGAGGGGUGUGUGUGUGCGUGUGUGCCUGUGCCUGUGCCUGUGCGUGUGUGUGUGUGUGUGUGUGUGUGAAAUGAAGAAUUGAGUUUGAGGGUGAUAGUGACACAGGCGAAGUAUUUUUUAAAUCACAUGACCAAAAGGCCAUUCACUGGUCAAGAUUGUUUUUGUUUGUUUGUUUGUUUUGAUCACAUGACCAAACACAGCACUUGAACAACAAAAUGUAAAAAUAUAUUAAAAAAUUAAAAUAUAAAAAAUAAAGAGUUCAGAGCUUUUCACUCCAGUUCUGCAGCUGGGACAUGCAUAGCUGUCAUUUCAAUCUUUCCAGAUGGAAACCCAUUGGCUGUCUUAAAUUGAUUGCUAAUGAGGAGAAACUGGGAUUCCGAGGGGAAAGCUAAUGCCAUUACAGCAUGUGUUGUGCCAUAUAGUAAUUUUAGUUGCCUAAAAUGUGCAAGUUGGUUUUAGGUCCAUGGCUGAUGUUAAUCAACAAGGCCUUCUGUUGUGCUUGGGGAGUGUGUCCAUUCACACUUCCCACCAUCAUCCU